GCAGUCCCCGCGCGGCCGUCCUCCGCGGCGGGGCGCUGGGCCCGGAGUGCUGCGCUGCGCGUCUGCCGGCGCUGCCGCGGGCUAAAUAUAGCGGCGCGGCCAGAUAAGCGGCGGCGGCUCGGCCAGAGCCGGCGGCUCGCCCGCAGUCUCGGGCCAGGCUCCGCGGGCCGCCCCAGCGCCACUGCGCGGCCGCCGCUCGCUACCCGCCGUACGCCUCGCCUGCUGACCACGGUGCGUUCGCGCCGCUGCCGCGCUGCCGCUGCCGCUGGCUACCGGGAAAGCCCGCGACGACCGCUCCGCGCUCUCCGGUAGGAGCGGGCUGACCCCGCCGGCAGCCGGCCAUGUGCCCCGGACCGCCCCGGCUGCUGCUACAGCUGCUGGUGGUCGCGGCGGUCCUCCUCCUCCCCCUGGCGUCCGGCCAGAUCCUCAAGAACCUCACCGUCGGAUACCUGACGGCCGUCAGGGGCACACUCAAGGACAGGCAGGGCAUCGCUGUCUCCGGGGCCGUCAAGAUGGCCAUUGACCAGGUGAACGAAGACAUGAAUACGCUGCCCAAUGUGACGCUGCAGCUGGAGUACCGCGACACGCAAGGCGACACCGUGCUGGCCACCAGGGUCAUGACCGAGAUGAUCUGCAAGGACGUCGCCGUCUUCAUCGGCCCCGAGGGGCCCUGCCACGUCGAGUCCAUCGUCUCGUACUCGCGCAACAUACCCAUGAUCAGCUACAAAUGCUCUGAGGAGGCGGCAUCCAAGGUACCCACCUUCGCUCGGACGGAACCACCAGAUACUCAGGUUACUAAGUCUGUGAUAGCAUUGCUGCUUUACUUCAGUUGGAAGAAGUUUGCCAUACUUGCUGAUCCCCAAUGGAAACGUGUGGCAGAGACGCUGGAAGCGGAGGCAAAAGAAAACAACAUGACUAUCACACAUCAUAGCACUGUAUAUGAUCAACAAAUGUGCUGUGAUCAGAAACUAAGCUGUUGUUCAGCAGCGUAUUGGUAUAACACAGUUCAUGAAACUAGGAACAUAACGAGAAUUUAUGUGUUCCUUGGCAAUCCUCUGUUGCUAGUUGAAUUCAUGAAAGCAAUGCAACUACAAAAUUUAUUCGAUGACGGUGAAUACAUGGUCAUAACUGCAGACAUGAUGCCAUACUCUGUUGAACAAUCAUUUAAAUAUGUUUGGGGGUCUCUUGGAUUUGAUCAGCCAGACUGUAAUUUGGAUAGUAUUGAAAAGAGGCUAAGAUCAUUACUUGUAGUUGUGCUAACCCCACCUGCAGAUGCUUAUGAAAAUUUUACAAAAGAUGUGCGGACCAAUAAUACUAAAGAACCGUUUAACUUUCCUAUGCCAGAAGUGUUUUUCAACAAAAGUUUCAAAACAUAUGUGUCAAUAUAUGCAGCAUAUCUGUAUGAUGCUGUGAAGCUGUAUGCAACAGCACUAGAUGAAGUGCUGGAUGAAAAAGCCAACUUGACAGUGGAGGCUAUUGAUGAAGUGGUGAAGAAUGGAACAUUGAUUAUUGAAAGGAUAAUAAAGAGGCAGAAGUAUACGAGCAUCACAGGAGCAAAUAUCAAUAUUGAUAAAAAUGGUGAUUCUGAGGGUAACUUUUCUGUUGUUGCACUACAACCCAGGCCAACAAAAUUAAGAGACUUAAAUUGCUCUCGCCAUAUGGCGAAGGUGGGACACUUCCGUGCUGAUGCUGAUGGGCUGAAAUAUGUUGUUGAAAUUAGAAUUGAAUGGGCUGGUCCAAAUAAACCUGAGGAUGAGCCAAGUUGUGGCUUCAAGAAUGAACUGUGUCCAGAAGAUUCUAAGUUUGGCAGCAUUGUAACUGCCGGGGUUCUGGCUGGUGUCCUUUUCUUUACGGCAUUUUUUAUUCUGACUAUGUACAGAAAAUGGAAAAUAGAUCAGGAAAUUGAAGGCCUUUUGUGGAAGAUUGAGCCAUCAGAGCUCAAAGGUUUCCACACAAAUGAUAUUGUAUCUUCCCCGAGUAAGAUGAGUUUGGUCAGUGCAACAUCAUUUGAAUCAAAAUGUGGUCCUCAGUGGUUUGCAACUGUUGGACAGUAUCGUAAUUUGAGAGUGAGGGUCAAAGAGCUGAAAUUCUCGAAGAAGAAAGAUAUUAAUCGAGAUAUUAUGAAAGAAAUGAGAAUUCUAAGAGAUCUAAGACAUGAUAAUGUAAACUCAUUCAUAGGUGCCUGUAUUGAACCUAUGAGAAUACUGCUUAUCACAGACUACUGUGCAAAAGGAAGUCUAUAUGAUAUAGUUGAGAAUGAAGACAUAAAACUGGAUAUGAUGUUUAUAGCAUCACUUGUCUUUGACCUCAUCAAGGGAAUGAUUUAUCUUCACAAAUCGGCUUUGGGUUGUCAUGGAAAUCUGAAAUCAUCGAAUUGUGUGGUAACAAGUCGAUGGGUGCUACAGAUUACAGACUUCGGUUUGCAUGAGCUUAGGCAGUGUGCAGAAGGUGAUAGUAUCGGAGAACAUCAGCAUUACAGAAGUUGUUUUUGGAAAGCACCAGAACUUCUAAGAGAUGAUACUGCUAUUGGUGGUACCCAAAAAGGAGAUGUAUAUGCUUUUGCUAUUAUUCUUUAUGAAAUUAUCGGACGGAGGGGUCCUUAUGGAGGAUGCCCUUAUGAACCAAAAGAGAUAGUGGAACUUGUAAAACGUGUACCAUCUGAAGGAGAAAAACCAUUUCGACCAGAUUUGGCUGUUCUUGAUGAGUCUGACAUUGACUGCACUGAUUAUAUAGUAAAAUGCAUCGAAGACUGUUGGGAAGAGAAUCCUGAACACAGACCUGACUUUCCAACUAUCAGAAACCGUUUGCGGAAAAUGAGAGAGGGCAUGCACAGUAAUAUUAUGGACCAGAUGAUGGAAAUAAUGGAAAAGCAUGCUAAUAAUUUAGAGUACUUAGUUAGUGAGAGAACACGACUCUUAUUUGAAGAAAAGCGUAAAACUGAAGACCUCUUACACAGGAUGCUGCCAGCACCAGUUGCUGAACGGUUAACCAAGGGGUUUGGUGUGGAACCAGAGUCUUUUGAUUUAGUAACCAUUUACUUCAGUGACAUUGUUGGUUUCACAGCUAUGUCAGCUGAAAGCACACCCUUGCAGGUGGUGAAUUUUCUAAAUGAUCUUUACACAUUGUUUGAUCGAAUCAUACGAGGAUAUGACGUCUAUAAAGUGGAGACUAUUGGUGAUGCAUACAUGGUGGUAUCAGGUCUUCCCCUACGAAAUGGUGAUCGCCAUGCAGGAGAGAUUGCAUCCAUGUCUCUAGAGCUGUUAGAAGCAGUGAAGCACCACCAGAUUGCUCAUAGACCAAAUGAUGUUCUUAAACUUAGAAUAGGUGUACAUACAGGUCCUGUUGUGGCAGGUGUUGUGGGACUCACUAUGCCACGUUACUGUCUAUUUGGUGACACAGUUAAUACGGCAUCACGUAUGGAGUCCAACGGGGAACCUCUCAAAAUACACAUUAGUAUGCAAUGUCAUGAAGCUCUUGAGAAGCUAGGCGGAUACAUCAUUGAAGAAAGAGGCAUGGUUUACAUGAAAGGAAAGGGCGAAGUAAGAACCUUCUGGCUGGUAGGAGCAACAGAUAAAGCCAUUCAGAAACGAGAGGUUGAUCUUACUGAAUUACCACCACUUUUCUGUCGACCGAGGCGUAGCCCUAAGAUGAACACAGACUCUCGACAACCUUCAAUCUGUGGUGGUUUUGGACCAGGCAGCAGACGUCAGUCCAGUAUACCAAGAGAAAAUAGCUUAGAUGUUGAAAGUGCAUCUACUCUUCGUGCCUUUGCAGUAUGUAAUGCUGCUAAUAACUCUAGUCCUGUAGCAAAUCAUAGCCAGCGCAGUGGGUCAAAACGUGCAGAACUGUCCCCACUCUAUAUAAAUGAUGUAAGUGAAUCUAGAACUACGUUGAGUGCAUCAGCUCUUGAAAGUCAGUCAGUACUCUCAGUGGAGGAUUGCAACGAAAACUGUGUUAACAAAACAUCAAUCAACCAAAGUCAGAGAGCAUUAUCUACUGUGGAGACUACUAGUGGUAAUAAGUUUCUAGAAGAUAAUAGUCGCAGUACAUUCCCCCAGACUCUUAGAGAGGCUAGAUCAUUAGACCCUCUGCCAGACUAUGACUCAACAAAUGUUGGGCAUCUACAACUGAACUUGCAAGUACCUAAGAGAAGCUCUCGAUCUCUUGAAAACUGUGUGGGUUGCAGUGGUAAAUUAGUUCCUGCCAUGCAGUUCUCCUCAGAGCGCUGCCAUGCUGUAAAUAACAAUUUCCCAAAUGGUGAUGCUAUUCUUCUUUCCCCACAGAGUAACAAUGUGUGUGGGGGUAGCAGCACUGAUGACAUUCAGACACCUCUUCUGCAAAAUUUUUCAGAUAUCGAUGAGACUAUUACUGUGAAACGUCAGCUGAGAAGAGGGAAAAGUGGGACUGAACCACUUCCUGAUUUCCAUCCUGAUAAACGAUGGCGCUCGUUGGAAGAAAUGCCAGGAAAUGAUGCUAAUGUUAAUGGACAUAGUAAGAAAACACUAGCUCGUAAUUCGAUACGUAGUUGGCUUGCAGGAUUGUUCAAUGGAAAUGGUCUCAGAACAAGUGAUGCAUCAUUGAGAAAAGGCAUUCACAGUGGUUAUAGUGAUCUACAAUCAGAAAAAGAAAGCAUAGUCUGAUAAAUUGCCUUCUGCUAUUCAGUUUCAGUCUAAGCUGUCAACAUGUGUACAUAUAUAACUACCAAUAGGUAGUGUAGUAUCUUAACAUAUAUACCUCUUAAAUGUUGCUAAAAUGAAUACUGACUAUACAAAUGCUGGUAAUAAAAUACUGGCAUUGUUUUAUUUUUUAAUAAAUCAAACAAAAAAUAUAAUUUGUAAUUUAAAGUAAAGGUGCUCAGAGGCAGUUGUUGUAAGUGUGCCAACACCAUCUGCAGGUGAAUGUUUAGUUUAAAUAUAGUGUUAUUAAUUGCAAUAGAUUGUUGACCAUUACUUUCAGAUGCCUUUAAGCACAUAUUAUUUUAAACACGAAAACAAGCAACAAAUAUUAAUUAAACAGACAUAAUGUCUGCAUGGCUGUGAAAAUAAAUUUUAGUAUAAAACAUAAUUUUAAGGUGCCAAGUACAGUAGAUAAAUAAUUAUUUGACAUGUUGUACAUAAGAGAGAUCGUGUGAAAGAGAAUGAGUGAUCUAAAUGUUUUUUGAAUUGAUUAGAAUGUAAUACAAAUCACACAACACUUUUUUUGUUUGUUUGUAAAAAAAGAACUGAAGACUAAAGGUUGAUAAACCUUGACAUUUUUAAGAAAUAUAACAAAUGUUUCCUCAGGUAUAAAGGCAUUUUUUUUUUUUUUUUUUACAAAAACGUUUCUUGUAUGUGAAGAACAGCUCCUUUCUGCUAUGUGUUGCAAUGGACAUAAAAUUAGCAACAGACCCUGACCAGUUUGUCAAUUCACGGAAAAACAGAUGAAUCACAUAGCACUUGCUGUGUCUGUUGAUUAAGAUCUAGUUAAAUUUUGUUGGCAAUUUUCAAGGAACACUGUUUUAUCCAACAACAUUACAUACCUAUUUCUGUGCUUCAAGUGUCAUUUAACUGAAACCCAUAUGUCUGUUUUCAUUGCUCAAAGUGAUUCUAAACUUUAUUUAUCCAUUAUAUUCAAAUCUGCUCCAAUUAUGAAGCAUGAGUGGUUUUGUAAAUUUCACUACUUCUUUCCAUUUUUUGAAACCCCAUACCACAAGAUGUUCCGAAAAAUUUUCAAAAUUUUGUACAAUGUAAGCUGAAUGCUUUUUGUUGUUGUUGUUGUUGUUGUUGUUGUUGUGAAGACAUAGUUUUCUAUCCUUUCUUUGGUUUAUAUUACUACCUAUCAUCUAACUGCACCAUUAAGUUAUGUCAGAAAAUCUUAUUGGUGGUCCAUCAUUUGAAAUAGACCCUCACUUAUGAUUUACUAUCUUUGACAAUCAACAGUUCUAGAUAACACAUCUGAUGACUGUGUUCUUAUGUUGCUAUUUUUUACAUUACUUUAAGUUAUUAAGUUUCAGCUCUGCAUCCAGUUUAGCACCUGAUGUUAGUUACUUUGAGUGGCAAUAAUUUUCUAACUAAUGCUUCAAAGUUCUCAUAAGUUGAGUAAGCAUUAAGUGCCAGCCAUGUAGAUUCAGAGGCCAGUCAGUUUACCAGUUCUUCUGGUGCCCUCAUUCCAGGUGCUUACAAAUAUUUUUUAAAAAAUUCAUCAUUGUGUAAACCAUUAAGUCACUGCCAAGUAUAAGGUAAAAGUCCACUCAAAAGCACUGUGCCAGUUUCUGCCACAGACUGAACAAUGUGUAAUUUAUGUGGAAACUUCAGAAAAGUUCCAUUUAAUCAGAGGAACACAUACAAAUUGUUUAAAUACUUUUUAAAAUGAUGUAUCCACUGUUCUGAUGUGGCCAUUUCACUUUAAAUCAGUCUGUACACAUACUCCUAACUAUUUUAUGGUCAAAACUGCUUCCAAUGAUUGAUCACCAAAUGUUUAAUCUAAAUAUAUUUCUUGUUUUUGCUUAUUUAUGCACAAUAAGGUACAUUUCAUUAUCUUGAGGGUCAACAGCAACAGUAGUAGAUAUGUUGCAACAGUUGCAUGUGAUUUUAGCUCUAAGACUAAAAGCUUUUAAAAUUAAAUCUAAACCUAAAACCAAGUGGUUUGUGAAUUUAAUUUUCUUAAAUCUGAUUUCCAGUUUUCUAGGUUAAUAAUGACUCAUAUUUGAUUAGUGUUUCCUCUAACGUUUGCAGAUGUUCUUCCCAUGUCUUUGAAGCAACCAGAAUACUGUCAUCUUAUACCAUAAUUCCAUUAAUUAUGGAAUCAUAAGCUUUAGAGUCAAAUUCUCUACUUCACUCAGUUAUAAAAUAAAUUAUGGCUAUGCUGUUUUCAGAAGUUCAUUCAUAAUCAUAUUGUUUUUGCAUACCUCCAAUCCUCGUAAUGAUGUUUCCUCUGUGAUAAACAGUGAAAAGAAAAAAAAAAGUUUCAUGCAUCACGUGUCUUCAAAACACCAAAUGAGCUAUAAAUUUUUCAUUCUGUUAUCUGCCAAAUUUUACAGUACACUUAGGAAUCAUGCAAAUAAUCAAAUCAGGAUUCUGGUACUGUGAAAUGAUUGCCACAGUUUUGUAAUUGAACAUAUGAUAUUAAUCUAGUCAUUUAUUCUUUGUGUGAUGGGUGUAUGUAAGAGUACUAUGGUACUGUACGAAUCUGCAACACAGAUCGAAAUUCUGAAGCUGUUGUUUAAUUUUAUAUCUGUCGGUAUUUAUAAUCAUGCUGUGGAUACUUUGGAUAACAUUUGGUAUCACAAAUGUAUUUCAACUGUCAUUUCUCUCAGCACAGUACAUUGGGAUAAUCACACUGACACUGGAAAUAUCAUGAAAAUGUGUUGCAGAAGCAAUUUCUAGGAAAUUGUCAUUAUCUGUAUUUCAUUCUGUAUCAUGUACUUAAACCUGAAGAUUUUUGUUAAUUAUCAGUAGAAGAUAAAUUAGGUAAAUGAUAUGACUGUUAUGGUGUCAGCAAAAAAUUGAAUUGAAUUUUUGGAAAGAUUUCACAUUUUUAACUGGGGAUAUAUUCUGAAACAGCUUCUCAAACUAAAAUCCUCAAAGCACUGUUUAAUAAUAUUUUUGAACAAAAUUACUGAAAAAAGUGAUGUGCAGCAUACUGAAUUAAUUAAAAAGGCACAUAUUUAUGUUUUCAGAAUAUUCAGCCUCAAAUAAAUUUGCAUCAGUUGAAUUCUUUGGAUAACUGAAAUGUAAAACAUGAACUGAUUUUGAAUUAGAAACAAUUGUGUAUCCCAUAUUUUGUAUCUAUGAGACUGUGUGCCGACUGUGUAGAUACACAUUCCUUCAUUGAAAAUGCCACUCUAAGGACAUGAAACGAUGCUGGUAUUUGUGAAUGUGUGUUAGAUUUUUGCGAGAAUCUGUAUUUCAUGUAUGUUUGUACAGUUAAUGAAAUUUGUGUGUUAAAAACAGAAAGCAUACCUGUGACAGUUGCACUGUGCCUUUUUAAAAUGUGUUUGAUUCCUUUUAAGUAAUCUACUCUGUACCAAAUGUUAUGCUAUUUCCCAUCAUUUGUGUUGGAAACUGAUUGUUAGCCUUUUAAAAAAUAACUCAGAUCUUCUAAAAAAUUGUUAAAAUUAAUAAUUUUGAAACUACCAGACAAAUUUUAAGUUAUAGGCAAGUUAGAAAAUUUUGUAACUGGUGUGCAGUGAGUGAUUGUGAAAUGAUUGAUCUUAUUUGUUGAUAAUGUUUUUAUAAUAUUUCAUUUUGUGGGUAAAUUAUAAAUAAUAAUAUGUGAAGUGUGUGUAUGACAAAGUAUAAGCUUUGUGUUUGAUUUUAUUUAUAUUUGCACAAAGCUGUUCAAUGUUCAUCUUUGCACUGUGAUAAAGAAAACAGAAGGUAAUUUUAGGCUUAUAAUCAAAAAAAUCGUAUUUCAAUUUGAAAAUAAUCAGAGAGGUGUAAGAUGAUUUUUAUAGUCAGAGGCCUUAGUGGUUCAAGCAUUUCACCAUGUUACACAGUACAAAUAUAUUGUAGUUGAUGUGUUAUAUGCUGUUGAGAAUCAAAAUGCAGAGAAAUAAAUAUUUAAAGCUUUAA